AUGUCCUUUUCGUUUGGCUUCUCUGGAGACGACAUAGACAUCGACACCACACAUGAUGGCUCAGUUUCACACGAGGAGCUUCAUCCACACCAGCAACCAAAGCCGGAUGGAAAGGCAAGCGCAUUUCCCGUGCCAGGCAAACCACAGCUCCCACCUUUGAGACAUUGCUUGAAAACAAUGCUAUCUAGUAUGCCGUCCAAGGUUGCAUACGACUUAUUAGAUGUACCGCUUGACAGUGGCAAAACAGUACGACUUCCAAGAAGGGAGCUGUGGGACGUCAGAGUGCAGCUUAUGGCUGAAGAGGAGGAUGACGCGACAAACGCAGGCGAAGGACUGGGUGACCAUGAUGUGAAAACCGGUGUUUAUGAGGGUGGUUUCAAGAGUUGGGAGAGCAGUGUUGAUCUGGUCAAAGUCCUAGCGGCUCAGAGUCAUCCAGCAUCUUAUUCAAACCAAUCUGCUCGGUUCAUUGAGCUCGGCUGCGGCACUGCCCUUCCGUCAUUAGCCAUGUUUCAAUGGGUGAUGGAACUGCAAUCACCCAUGCCAGCCCAGCAGUACUCUUUCGUCCUCGCUGACUACAAUCCAUCCGUCCUCCAACUAGUCACUUUGCCCAAUUUCAUCCUCACCUGGGCCCUGCAUUCCAAGGAUAAUUCACCUGAUAUUCAAGAAGCCUUCUCACUAGAGGAUGAGCUCGAAUUAACACCCGCCGUUCUCCAAGGGUUCGAAACAUAUCUCCAAACCUAUGGCAUUGAUCUUUCCUUUCUAUCGGGCGGAUGGUCAGCCGAGUUCGUCCAAUUACUAUACACCGCUACGAGCCAUCAGAUUACAACUUCAUUUGCGCCAUUCUCCAUAUCUAUGUUAUUAGGUGCAGAAACGAUAUAUUCCCCUUUUGCUCUUCAGGCAUUCACAGAGACGACUUUGGCCAUAUUAAAACACGAAAAGUCCAGCUUUGGGGGUCAGCCCGUGGCAUGCGUUGCGGCGAAGAGGUUAUAUUUUGGUGUUGGCGGUUCAUUAGAUGACUUUGUGGAUACUAUGCAACAGCGAGGUGCAAAUGUCACGAGGAUACGAGAAGAAGCAGAUGGUGUCAGGCGUGGAGUUGUUCUAUGUACUUUGGGAUCGAUAGAAACAACAUAA